AUGGAACUUGUUCGAAGAAGACCGAUUCCAUGGAUGCUUUGGACCAUCUGGAAGAACAGGAACAGUUUGUUGUAUGCAGAAGUACAAGAGUCCACACUGUUGUUAGCUCACAUAGCUCUGGAGGAAUCCACCUUAUGGAAUGAAUUGAAUAAAGUGGAGAAAGGAGGCAACCAAUACUUGCACGAUCUUGGAGCACCGGAGAAGUGGGCACCACCAGCUCCGGGGUUAGUGAAAUGUAAUAUGCAUGCGAACUGGAGAAACGAUAGAUAUCUUACAGGAGGAGCAUGGAUCACAAGAGAUCAUAGAGGUGAGGUUGGAAUGCACACAAGGGAUGCUCUGCUCCCAUCACCUGAUCGGUUAUCAGCGGAGAUGAACUGCUUUCUUUGGGUUCUUAGGAGCUUGCGAGACUUGAGGUUAGAAGAGGUCAGUGUUGUCAUAGAUUUUGAAGUAGAAUCAAGAGGCUCCAAUAAGGUGGCAAUAGAGAUAGCAAAGAGUGUUCUGAGGGACGGGCGGUUACAGUCUUAUCUUGCAUUGGGUGGCCCGUCAUGGCUACAUGAUCUCAUUCAGACGGAGGUUACGUUCGUUAACUCUUAA